CACUAUCUGUCUAUCUACCAAAUGACGAGCGUUGCUUUCACGCGCUCUACUCAUCACGCGCGUCCGUGAAGUGGUGUUUCAUUCCUCAUUCUUGUUCCCCCCCACCCCCCGCAUCCCAAUUUAUUUGGACUCUAGGAAGAUUGCGCGAACUAUCGAAGAUCUUCUACAGCCGAUGCAUGACAUGCUUUUGCGCCACGGAAAUCUCAAUGUUUAUCUUGCGUUUUUUUGCCUGCGCUCGGUCUCAUAAUGACAAUGUAGAAAAAGUGCGCGGUGACCGCGAGCGCAGCGCACGGGCGAUGUUGACGCCGUCACCUUGCCGCCUGGUUCCCAUCGCUUCUUGACUUUUUUUUAUCCAGUGGAGUAUAAUCUAGAUGAACUUGCGAAUGUAAAAGAAGGCUGUUGAGAAGCAACUGAAGCGUCCAGCUGCCCACGCUGUCGCUGGGUCGCUCUGCACGUCCGUGCGCACUUCUGAGGAGAAAACAGCGAUCAACUAAAAAAGGGGACAAGACGCGUCCUUUUUUGUGUGUGUGUGUGAAUAUUUCACACAGUCCUCGUUUGGUGCGCUUUGGAGAGACGUGGAGCUAUUUCAACCUUUCUGUUUCUCGGAUAUAACAUUAGAAUGCUUGCAUCUAUAACAUUUGGAGUAAGGUGUCUAACUUAAUGUGACCAUUACGCUUGAGCGUCGACGUUUGUUGGAACGCAUAAAUGGACGAAUACCAGAAGGACUGAUUGGGAAUUGUCUAGAAAAAUGUGGCUGAAACGGUGUGUCACACGCAGUUCCAUGGUUGCCUGGAGACCUGGAGGAAUGCUGGGAUGUAGAAUGUGGAUCCUCUUCAUCCUUGUACAUUUCACAAUGGAUCUGUCUCUUUGUACACCAGCGGGCCAAGGGCUUACACUCAAACUACUGCCCAGAUCAGUGCCCCGCCGGCAGCCGCACCCUCUGCCCACCCGGGACACGCUCAACGGCCAGCAGUUGAGGACUCUGGGUGUCUUGCUUCAUGGUGUUCCCCCUCCCUUGCCAUCACUGGGUAACCACGGGGAGCUAGGGGGCAGCAAACUGUGGGGGCGGAAAAACCGCCGGUCUCUCCAAAAACGACAACUUUGUUUGGAGUGUAAAUGGACCCCCUCUGACAAAGGGAAGUUGGCUGCACAACCGGAGGGGAGUAAAUCUGAUUUAAAUCUGCAUUUAUCUCGCUCACGGAGGCAGCUGAAAGGGGACGGCUAUGACUCCCUGGAAGGGAGGACCACAACCGUGGCAGGAUUUAUUGACUGGGGCCCUACAGGGGCUGACGAGGUGAUUGAGGAGGAGGCGAAAGUGACCCCGAACACCACUGUCACCUCUUUAGCCCCCUCCACCACCACAGUUACCAUAACUAGCACUACCACACGGAGCCCCCAAAGGACGUAUGCGGUGAUUACAACCGUGCAUCCUAAGAGGCACAGCACCACACAGCCAAGCAACUCCAGAGUGACUGCCAAACCACCGAAACCUUUUGGGGACACACCAGGUCUGGCUGUUCACCAGAUCAUCACCAUCACUGUGUCCCUCAUUAUGAUCGUCGCAGCCUUGAUCACUACUCUUGUCCUUAAAAACUGUGCGUGUUUUUGUAGUUGUGCACAGUCCGGGAAUGGCCGACACAGCAGCCAUCAGAGAAAGAUCAACCAGCAAGAGGAGAGCUGUCAGAAUCUGACCGACUUCACGCCUGCCCGCGUGCCCAGUAAGGUGGACAUCUUCACCGCCUACAACGACAGUUUACAGUGCUCACACGAGUGCGUGCGGUCCGGCAUACCGGUGUACACGGACGAGAUGAUCCAGCACACACCUAUCUACAAGACCUCCUACAAUGGAAACAGACCGUCGCCCACUGAAAGGCAGCUAAUCCCUGUGGCCUUUGUGUCUGAGAAAUGGUUCGAGAUCUCCUGUUGAGGCCCUUUUACUACCUUUGGGUUGAGCCCACGUCUUCAGUUUGUGCCCUGGAUCUUGUUGGAAAAUCUGUGAAUCAAACACAAAAAGACUAAAACACAAUAAAGCAAAACAAUACAAGAAUACAAGAACAACAACGACAAGCAAUCAGAGAUGGGAACUGAGAGGAACUGGCAGUUUUGUACAAAUGUUGGAUCUCUCUAGAAACGGACUGAAGAUGUUUAUUUUUCUAGACUGAUGCAGUGCUAUGGAACCACUCCCAAAUUAUUUUCCAUAGACAUGAGGUCAUUUUAGAGAUGAUAUAGAGCUGAUAUAUUAUAUACGUGUAUUACUGCACAUGUGGGUGUGCGGGAGUGGAGUUCGGCUGCAGAGAGGCCGCGGGGACGCUCUCUGACACGACACGUCUGCUUGUGUGGAGAAAACACUCUCCUGAACUUUGUGCCAAUAAUGCCAUUAUGUGCCACUACAUAUAUAGAUGGGACGCUUUCAGUUUCGUGGAAAAUUACUGACACAACAUCAAGUAAUUUCAGUGACUGUCUCCCAAUAUCAAUCUGUCAUCCGUUUUUGUAUAAAAAGUAUGAAUAUGUAUUUGAAAUAUGUUUUGAAAUAGCUGAGGAAUCGUGUUACAAAUGUCCAAAAAAAUAUUUAUAUGGAGCACUAGUCAUUUAGAUGGAAAAAAAAAGGGUAAAAAUGAACCAGUGAGGAAUAGUACAAUACCCAGGUUUUAAUUUCACUACAUUGUUACUAGCCCCCGUUUUAAAGGAAUAGUCUCUAUUUUUAUACAAACGAGGUUACUAAUGAGUCAGACAGACCUAAUUUAUCUGGACUGUUAAUCUGCGAGUGGAAGUUCAAAGAAAUGUUAAAGGUUUUUUUUUUCUUUUCUUUCUUUUUUUUAAUUUUAAUUUUUUUUAAUGCUACCAAACAGUGUGUGGAUGCCAGAUUCAGUAUUCAUUCAAAGCUUAUUUGAUUUGAAAAAGCCAUGCUCCAGAUGCUUGUUGAGUUUCUGUU